AUGGGUUCUGGACGGCAUACAAGAAAGGCUCGAAAAAUAAGGCCCAGUAUGGUGCUGAACCGGAAAAGAUCUUACAAAAAGUAUUUGGAGCGCAAGCGUCAAUGGCAGUCAAACGCAGUGUAUACCGGACAUCGAACGCCAAAUGUUGCUGUUCCACCACCCACAACUAGGAAGAUUAAGGAAAAAAAGCUGGAUCCAGAAAAACAAGCAAGGCGGCAGCAGCAGCGUGAGCAAGAACGUUUGAAGAAAACAUUGGCUAGUCAGCAGGCUUCGACCUCUGAAAUUAAGAAACCAAAUCAGCUCAAGGUGAGCAGACUGAAAGCUAUGCGAUGGUAA